UUCCUGUUGGAGAGACUUUGGGCUCCUGCUCGAUCAUCCACGGAGCAUAUUGAUUUUUUAAAGUGCUUUAGUCUUUGGCCUCGUAACAAAUGGGGGAGGCAGACUGCAGACGCCCUCCCUUUCGAAGGCUGUGCCGUAAUUUCAAGGCAGAAGGCGAGAUGUGAUCCCAGGCCCCAGACUGACUAGCGCUGAAUCGUGGCGCCGUUUUGGAGGGAAAUGACUGCCUCUUUCUUUUGCUGCAAAGAAGGGAGCCGUGAUGUGGAGAGGGCAGCUCCAGCCUGAGUGAAGGAAGUCAUAUGCAGGAGGAAUGGAAGGAAGCACCCGUUUACUAUGCACAAUGACAGGUUUAUGAUGGUUCUCUAAAAGCCAAAGAGCUCUUUGUAAACUGUCAGAUCCUUGCCCCUCUCGACGUUCCUGGGAAGAAGGAUGUGUGGGCGCUGGGCUGAUUUGGAAAGGGAAGAAACUCCAGGAUUUCCUUCAGAAUCUGGAAGCAAGGAUGAGAACAGGAGCCUGCCAAAAGGCAUAGAAGCAAGUUCUGAAGUCCUUUGCUGGUUGGAACUUGGACUUCCCUGCCAUCCUCUUCCUGCCUGGACUCCCGAUGAAGGGCUGGGAGUUGGGUUUCUGCUUUCCAGACCUGGAGAUGUUCUUUUGCUGGGAGUACAGGAAGAAGCAGCAGCAGCCCAUGAUGGCCCACAGGAAAGUGGUUUUUGGCCAACAGCUGGCGGAGACCAUGGUGUAUGAGCAGAAAUUUGGGAAGCAUCAGGUCCCCAUCUUGGUUGAGAAAUGUGCCGAGUUCAUCAGGAAGCACGGCCUGAACGAAGAGGGCAUCUUCCGGCUUCCUGGCCAGGACAACCUGGUGAAAGAGCUGCGGGAUGCCUUUGACGCGGGAGAGAGGCCGUCCUUUGACCAAGACACAGACGUUCACACGGUGGCUUCUCUGCUUAAACUCUACCUCAGGGAACUCCCUGAGCCUGCCAUACCUUGGACACAGUAUGAGGACUUUCUCUUGUGCGGCCAGCUUCUGACGGCUGAUCAGGCAAAGGGUCACCGGCAGCUAGUGAAGCAGCUCUCUCUUCUGCCUCGGGACAAUUACAACCUCCUCAGUUACAUCUGCCGGUUCCUGCAUGAAGUCCAGCAGAGUUCCACCACCAACAAGAUGAGUGUGGAGAAUCUGGCGACAGUGUUUGGGGUGAAUCUCAUCAGACCAAAGAUGGAAGACCCUGCCACCAUUAUGAGAGGCACUCCUCAGAUCCAGAAGGUGAUGUCAACCUUGAUCAGCGACCAUGCAAAGCUCUUUCCCAUAUCGAAAGACGUAGCACCUGCUCCGCCUCUGCAGAAGAGCGAAUCCAAUAAAUCUCCAGUUCCUCGCAGCUCCGUUGGCUGGGAUGCUGCCCAGAGGCCGCUCAUGGCCAGGGCAGGGAACAGGACUCUACUGCGGCAAAUCAAAGACGACCCUGACGUCUCCAUCUCUGAAUCGGCUGCCAGGUCAGCUCAGUCGGCAGAAGGUAACGGGGAGACAUGGACAGAAGAGCCCAGGAAAAGGACACAGACACUACCGAGCAGGAAAUGCUUUUCUUUCCUUUCCUCCAACAGAGGGAACCAAAGCACGGAUGGAAAUGAGAUUUUCAACAGUGAAUUUUGGUCCUCACCUUCCCCAGCCGGCCUGCAGCCUGUUUCUUCUACAGGUGCCCACAAAAGGACGCUCUCGGGGGGACUGUCCAAGUGGUUCAAUCUCCCCCAGGCUUCCAACUCCCACACCCUCAGUGGUUCAGCGCUGGAAACGAGGAAGGAGGCCCACGAUGAGAGACCAUUGGACCAGAUUAGUGAAAUUUCAGGGCAGGGUUCUCCAAUACAUGACAUUCCUCAUCCUGGGCAAAACGGGGCAGUGGUUGCAAACCCCAGUCCUGAAAGCAGCGGCUGCCACUCGGAGGACCCCGAGGUGCUUAGGAAGAUGAUUGUGGAGCUGAAGGAGGAGAUGGAGUCACAGAAAAAGGACUACGAAGAGCAAAUUAGGAGCCUCGAGAAGGAGAACUAUGAGGUCUGGGCCAAAGUGGUAAGGCUGAACAAAGAGAUCGAGAAAGAAAAGAAUAGGUUUGCUGAGCUGGAAAGUAAGCUUCAGAGCGUCGAGCGUUCCCAGGCUGACGCUGAAAAGAAGAACAAACUUCUGGAGAACUCCAUAAAGUCCAUGAUCCAAUCGGCAACGAAAACUGACUAAGGGGAAGGGCCGCUCAUUCUGAACAGAAACUAGCCGUGCUCCUUGCAGGGCAGGGGGGCGGCCAGAGGCUUUUCCAAGCACUGUGCCUGCCUUUCUUUCAAUGGCCUGAUGUGCUGGGUCACGAGUCAGGCCUGGUGGAGACUGGUGGGUCCCAGGCGGCUGAUAGAUGCUCUUAGUAAAUGCUGGAGAGCUGCAACGUCCUCCCGCAGCCAACUCUCUUUGCAAUAAUAGCACAGCUGCCUCAGGCCAUUUUGCUUCCUGACCCCCAUUGAUUAAACAUCCCAUUCUUGUGGCCAAAUUGCAAGAGCUGCCACCCCAGCAUUCUUUCACUUGCUGGCUUUUUGUGUGUGUUUUCAUUCCAUGUUGUAUUUAUUUUGCCAGGACAGUGUUCAGCCCUCCUUUUAAUCCCGUUUGGCAAUCUGGAUUGCAGGACCAGGCAUCGGGUUCCCAUACCCCAACUCAUGCAAAUAAGAGAGCA